AUGGGAGGCACUUCUAUAAGUGGAAAUAAAUUCAACUCAAAACAUUGGGUGAUGCGAACCAAUGCUUCCGCUCAAAAUCCGAUUCCAGGACCUGCAGCUUGCUGUAAUGGUCUGCCACAAUGCUCUCAUGAUCGCAAUGGGUAUCGUCUCGACUUUUUCAGACACAUUCCUGCUGGCAUGACACAAGCUCAGAUGAUCGCUAAUCGCAGGGGUCAAAUUGCUCUCGAGCUACAUCGUGGUCAAUUGGCUGUCGCUCCAAGUCGACAAUACAUAGCACCCAUGUGGCCGGAGCAGAGCGACAAUUUUCGAUACACAGGCGGAUUCACACAAUUCAAAAAUCUCAUUGCCAAGCACUGCAAUUAUGGAGUCGUGGAAGAGCUGUCCCGUAGAGAUCGCGCGAGAUGGUAUUGAGGUGUGCCACCUAAAAUCGAUUUCGAUAUCGGUCGCAGGAUAACGAAGCCUAAUCUUAUUCGUUAUGGUCUGACGCGAGGAAUCGCCAUACACAAUAUGCGGUAUGCUUCAUGGGGUCCGUCGCGGAAUAUCGUUGAAAAGUUCGAUUACAUGGCAAGAACACAGGCUAAUGGUAACCCGGCUAUUAAUCCUCCUUCGUACUGAUGCAUCUAUCGCGCUGUUUUGCUAUGCCAUUAUCUCUGUAUAGUUUUCUUAUUACUUUCUUUCACGUCUCUUUUCAAAGUGGUUUGCAUGUUACCUGCUUCCAUUUAUAUACAUACCAAAUUUUGAUAAAUAUUCAUCGGUCAGGUGCUAUGUAG